AUGGCUUUCUUUACAAUAAUUGGAAUUAUACUUAUUAUUUAUUAUUUAUUUUAUUUAUUUACACUUUGUUUAGUAGAUAGCGAUGUUAGGCUUGUUAUUGCUGAAAAAUUUGGAAAAAAACUUGGUGAGCUUAAUGGUAAAGUAAUAUGGAUAACAGGAGCAUCAAGUGGAAUAGGUGAAGCUUUAGCUUGUCAAGCGGCUAAAUAUAAAGUUAAACUUGUUAUAUCAGCGAGAAGAGAAGGAGAAUUGCAAAGAGUUAAAAAUAAAUGUUUACAAAUCAAUCCGGAAUUAUCUCCCGAUGACAUAUUAAUACUCCCCUUAGAUAUAACUAAAACAAAUUUGCACAAAACAUAUUUCGAUUUAGUCAUUAAUCAAUUUAAAAAACUUGAUAUUUUGAUUAAUAAUGCUGGAAGGUCGCAAAGAGCAAUUUGGGAAAAUGUGGAUGUCGAAGUUGAUCGUCAAGUUUUCGAUUUGAAUGUUUUCGGUGUCAUAUCGCUCUCAAGAUUGGCCAUACAAUAUUUUAAUAAGAAUAAAACUGGACAAAUUGCUGUCACAUCGAGUUUGGCUGGAAUUGUCGGAGCUCCAUAUUCUUGUUCCUACACUGGAAGCAAACAUGCUAUUCAUGGAUAUUUUGAAUCGCUUAGAAAUGAAAAAUUAGGAACUCCAUUACAAAUAACAUUAUUAUGUCCGGGACCUGUUUUUAGUAAUUUUUUACAGGAAAGCUUCACUGAAAAUCCUGGAGAAAAAUAUGGAGAAUCUGUGGAUAAAAAUGAUAAAAGAAUGACUCCUGAAAGAUGUGCAGAGCUUAGCCUUAUAGCAAUUGUUAAUAAACUGGAUGAAGCAUGGAUGGGAAGAUUUCCACUGAUGUUAUUCGUUUAUGCUUUGGUUUAUUUUCCUAACAUAUCGAAACAAAUAUCUAAAAUUAUAGGACCGAGACAAUUUCAAAAAUUGAGAGAUUCCAAACUGACUGUUAGCGUACAAUCAUAG